UGUAGGAGCACGACGAGUAACGAGUGAACGGACGAAUUUAAACCAUGGCUGAUGACUUGAUGACUUAAAGUUUGACGCCGCUGAUAUAAGGCGAUUUUUGAAGCAUGGAAAUGGCAAACCUCCUGCGAACAGAAAGUGAGAAAAUAACAACUAGAAUGCUCGAUCUACAUGGACUGUUUGAACACAACACCACCUUCGACUACAGCGAUUACGAAUAUAAAGAAGACUGCAUCAAGUUAAGGUCCUUUGUGUCCAUAUUCGUCAUCAUUCUAUACUCUGUGGCACUCGUGCUGGGGCUGACGGGUCACGUCUUGGUGCUGGUUGUGCUGUGGCAGAAGAGGCGCAGCUGGAGCGUGACAGAUGCCUUUGUGCUUCACUUGAGCAUAGUGGACAUACUGCUCCUUCUUACCAUACCACUGUGGGCAGUGGAUGCUAAUAAAGGGUGGAGCUUUGGCACUGGAUGGUGCAAAGUAACUGGAGCGCUGUUUAAGAUCAACUUCUACUGUGGUAUCUUUCUGCUGACCUGCAUUAGCCUGGAUCUAUACUUUUGCAUAGUUCAUGCAGUUCAGAUGCGCUCAUGCACAAUGCCCUGGCUAGUACAGCUCAUCUGCCUGGCUGUUUGGUUCUUUAGUCUUCUCCUCUCUAUUCCUGACUGGAUGUACCUGAAGGCACCAAGUGACCCUGAACAAGAAGAAACAAGGAUUAAGUGCAUGUAUGAGUACCCAUGUCCAGAAUCACAUCUGGGUUCACAUUUGCUUUACAAUGUGGUAGGCUUUUUGCUUCCUAUCUUCGUACUCUUCUAUUGUUACGCUUGUAUCCUGCUGAAAUGCAGAUCCAAUCAGGGUGUGCAGAAGCAUGGAGCCGUGCGAGUCAUUCUUGCCCUCGUGUUGGCCUUUAUCAUCAGCUGGACACCCUACAAUAUAGCUUUGUUUGUGGACACUUUCUCUUCAUCCAGCAAAUCCCCAGAGCAUUGUAAAGUACAAAUGUGGACUGCAGUGAAAAGCACAGCUGUUCUAGGUUUCCUUCACUCCUGCAUCAACCCUCUGAUCUAUUUUGGCUUUUCCAGAAAAUUCAGACGCUGGAUGUUAACCGUCAUGAAGUGUGGCAGUUGUGCAGUGGACAGUAAUGAUUUUUUCCCAUGGGAUUCUAAAGAAAUUGACAAUGCUACUCCUGCCACAGAGGAAGAGAAAGGAUCACUACAACCAAUGACUGAGAUUGGACCUACUAUUAAAGAAGAAUGAUGAAGUACUUGAAUACUAGAUCAUGAUAAAGACUGAAAGGUUUUACACAAUAACAUAUUCACUGAAGAAAAUAAACUUAGAGUGAAUGUCAGAAACUGAAAAGCUGUUUUGUAAAAGGGGAUAGCUUUUACAAGUCUAUAUGAUUCGAUUGACCGCAUUGGUGCCAAGUCUUAGUCAAAAAUAUGAACCUGGGGUCUCAUUUAUCAAAGCAGGCAUAGAUCAAGUUUUAAAUCUCUGUGUAACAGCCUCCAGUACACACAUCACAAUUUAUAACUUGUGAAGACACAGCUGAACCCAGUGGAUAUAAAUAAAUUCAUUUAAAUUCUAAAUGAGAUUAUUUAAUGAACAACUACUCAAUGAACAACAAAAGAAACACCCCCAAUUGACCAUGUACUUUUAGAAAUGUCUCUUUAAAACGCACAGCAGCCUUUGCUGCCAUUUGUAACAUUAGGGUUUUCUGCAUAUGCAAGGUUAGGAGUGUGUGUAAAUAUCCACAUACUGUACCAUCAUGCACAAGAAUAAAUGUGAUAAACCACAUUUGGUCCACAGAAGCAUAUGUGUGCACAGAGUUUUUAUGCAUGACCGAUAAGUGAGACACAGUGUGUGUACAGUGCUUGUGACAAAUAUAAUGCAUAAUUUCCGGAAUGUAGCACAGUUUAAAUGUCUUGGUAUUUAUUGUUUAACUUUUUUUUUUUUUGUAUGAAAGAAUAGCACUGUGUUGUAAGCUAAAAUGUUUUUUAAGUUCUCAUUUCCCACACCACAGUAGGUCAUUUUAACAAAGCAAGGCAACUAAAUAUUCAACUAAAUAUUUUAAGUCAUAAUAAUAGAUGUACAUUUACUUUUAAUUGUACAUUUACUUUUACAUUUUAUGCAUAUUUCAUGAGCAGAUAAGAAGACUGUGAUGUGAAUAGAGUUUUAUAAUUAUUUAUUAUGUUUGUUUCUCUCUCUUCUCCUAGGUGAGGUUUGCAAUUUUCUGGGAUAUACUUGAUGUACGGACAUAUAUAUAUAUAUAUAUAUAUAUAUAUAUAUAUACACACACACACACACACACACACAUACACAGGUUUGGGCACACAUUUUAAUUUCAUGUCGUCUUUUGAAUGAUCUUUUUUAAACAGUUGAUAUUAAGAUGUAUCUGCUACUCAUGCUUUGUAAAGCCUUAAUAACAGCUCUUAUCUGAGGUUCUGUUAAUUGAGGCUCGUGACUGUAAAUGAACAAUUUAAAAUUUUUGCUAUUGCUUUCCUGAUAUCAUCUUCAUGCGCGUCAGUUUUGCAAAUACACUUGUCAAUACUGUUCUUGCAAAAACUAUUUCAGAACACUAUUAUUUCCGUGCCUUAAAAUAAGACUGUUGCUGUUGUUGUUACUUAAUAACCUAAUGCCAUAUGUGUUCUUUCAUAGUUAAAAAAAAACAGUCCAAAAAAGGCAUCCAAACAUGUGUCCAAACUUUUGACAGGUGUGUAUGUAUGUGUGUGUGUAUAUAUAUAUAUAUAUAUAUAUAUAUAUAGAUAGAUAGAUAGAUAGAUAGAUAGAUAUAGCGAGAGAAAGAAAGAGAGAGAGAUCAGCUGUACCAUUAAAAAAUUUAAACAUUAUACCCGAGAUUGUGUGGUUUCCCCUUGUGCUAAUAAAACAGAAUUUGUGCUGCAUUUUUUGGUAGAUUGGACCACGAAUGUCACCAGUCUACUGGUUUAUAAUUUCUAAUGUUAUUGUAAUGUUUUGUUGGCUGAUCAAUGUUUUUUUGUUUUGUUUUGUUUUUUUGCUCUUGAGAAAAUUUGGUCAUACAGUAUGCAAACCCAUUACAAAUACGUUAUAAGUUUCAUCUGAUAUAUAUAUAUAUAUAUAUAUAUAUAUAUAUAUAUAUAUAUAUAUCAGAUAUAUAUAUAUAUCGAUAUCAGCAUUGUGAACUAUGUUUUCAUACUUACUUACAAGAAAAGCUGAAUCAUCAUGAUACCCUCUCUGACAUCAUGAAAUGAUUUCCUUUUGCUGCAGCUCUGCUACUGAGCCAGAGUCAUGUGCUUCCUUCUUUACAGUCAGUGUUGUUUCCAGUAUUGCAUAAGGCAUAUUAGUUGCUCUAGAACAGGUUUUUCUUGGGAUUUCCCAUGAAAAUGCAUUUUGCAACAUGGGAAGACAGGAAGUGCUUUUGAACUGACAAGCAGCUUUCGCAUAUUACAGACAUUUAACAAAAAAGACUUGCAGUAGCACAGAAAAAGUUUUUAUCCCUCCUGUGGGCUGCAUACAUAUGUUUUAUUAAAAAGGGAAGAGAAGUAAUGCAUUAAGAAGAACAAAAUGGAAAGACACUGUGGAGAAUCAUUGUUUUGCAUUAUACUGUCAUAUACAAUUAAAACAUGCACUUUACUUCUCAAGUAACCAUUGUAGAAAAGUUGGAUUUCUUAAACAGAAAAUAAAAGUAAAGUUUACUUUCAUAUGUUGCCUUGGCAGUCCUUCUUGGUAGUGCAUUUCUUGGUAAUGAAGAAAAUAAUUUUACACAGCAGUUCCUGUUCGCUCUAGGUGAACUUUUGCCCUGAGUCAGCUUUAAUAUGCAGAUUAACAGCUGCUUAAAGGUGAUAGAUGAGGAAUUUAAAAGUUGGCAUGUGCUUAAAAUGUUUAAAUUAUUAAUAAUUUUUUAAAAAGAAAAAAGAGUAAACAUGUAUUAUGUUACCAUUGAUGUCAGUGGAAGGUCAACCCUGGAAGAAGUAUGAGUGUAUUCAUGUGUGUUUAUGUAUAUAUGCAAAUAUGUGUGCAUGUAUGCAUGUGCGUAUGUGUGUGUGUAUGUGAGUGCGUGUGUUGCUUUCCCCAAAAGCAUGAACCAGAAUGAUUGAAUCAUGUGUCCGUUUUAUACUGUCUUUAUUAAAAGUCUUUACUUAUCUUGUUUUUUUUUUUACAAUAUCCGAAACCAGCAAAAUAACUCUAAAAUAAAACUAUAAUUCAUAUAAAAAAAUUAUAAUAAUAACAGACAGAGUUACAAGCUUAGUCCAUUUAUUCUUAGAUAAGAUUAAGCUUGCUGCCUCUAUUUAACUAAUAUCUGUAAUAUAUUAUACUGCCCUCUACAGAUACAAUGUGGGUGUACAGUGAUGCAGCUCUGAGCACAAAUGCAUUUCCAUUGUACAACAACCAACUAAUCAAGCCUUUAAAAAAAAUUCACUACUA